UGAAAAGAAUGUAUCUUUCUCUGUCUCUGUAAUCGACUACAUAUAUGGUCUUUUUCUCCUGUGAAUUUUCUCAGGUUCUGCUUGUGUGAUGGAGUAGAAAGUAGUAGCGGCUGAGGUCUCUGCAUCUUCUUCAACUGCAUUUUGCUUCUCUUUAUGCAUGGAUGGUUUGAAAAUAGGCUGCAGGACCGCAAGUGUUAUGUACCUAUUUGGGUGGUUACCACGAACCGCUGCGACCACUAUAGUGCUGUGAUUGAAAAUCAUAGCUGUAACAGAUUUUCUGGUUAGUUAAAGCCUCUGGGACAGGAUGGGUAAGACAAUUUCGUUGUUUGGGUUUCCCUACGUCUUGUCUGGGGAAAUAGUUAAGGAAUUCAUAGAGCGAUACACAGGCGGAGGAACAGUAGUUGCUUUAGAGGUUAGGGAGCCCAAAAAGAAGGGGUCAAGAGCAUGUGCCAUAGUUCAAUUCACCAAUACCAGAAGUGCUGAUAAGAUUAUCACCUUGGCUAAUCAAAAGUUGUAUUAUGGAAGAUCUUAUUUGAAGGCUUCCACAAAGAACUUCGAUUUAGUACCAAAUCCAAAGAAAUAUGAACAUGUUAUGGAAGGUGUAACUAUAUAUUGUGGAUGUCAGAUAUCGAAGGAGAAGUUUUCAGUGCUCUGGGAAAGGGAAGAUAUCACUGUAAAAUUCGGUUUUGGACUAAGAAAAGUGUAUUUCUUCAUGUCCUACCUUGCUCUUGAGUACAAGCUUGAGCUAUUUUAUGAGAACAUCUUGAAGAUUGAGCUACAUCGUCCACGUGGGCAAACAGCAAAGUUUCUGCUCAUUCAGUUGCUUGGUGCUCCUCGAAUCUACAAGAAAUGUGAACAAUCUGUUUACAACUAUUUUAAGGAAACCCCUGAGGAUCAAUGGGUCAGGGCCACUGAUUUCACUUCAUUGAACCGAAUUGGCCAAUCUUCUGCUUUGUGUAUGGAGCUUCCAUAUGGUGUUCCACUUUUGGACUUGGUUGAAUAUUUUCCGUCUUACAAAGAAAAUCAAGCACCAUUCAUUUUGGAGACUGGUUUCCCCUUCUCUUGCAUUUUGGAUCUAGUACCCAUAGUUGGUCCACCUGAUGGAAUUGAAUUGCCAUACAAAAUACUAUUUAAGAUCUGCAUAUUGGUUCAAGAAGGGUAUCUCGCAGGACCCACACUGGAUAUCAACUUCUUUAGGUUGGUUGAUCCCCAGUUCAUUCAUAUCGGAUGUAUUGAACAUGCCCUAGAGAAACUAUAUCAUCUAAAGGAAUGCUGCUAUGAACCUGGGAAGUGGCUCAAUGAGGAAUACAUAAAAUACCGCCGCUUAAGAAAACUUCCCAGAACACCUACCAUUAAAUUAGAUGACGGUUUGGUGUACGUACACAGGGUUCAAAUAACUCCUUGCAAAGUGUUUUUCUGUGGUCCAGAGGUUAACAUGUCUAAUCGGGUAUUACGGGAAUAUCGUCAAGAUAUUGAGAAUUUCCUUCGGGUUUCUUUCGUGGAUGAGGAAUUGGGAAAGAUGUUUUCAACCGAUUUAUCCCCGCGGACACCCUUUUCAAGUGAAGAAAGAAGAACUCAAAUUUAUAGCCGGAUAUUAUCGGUUCUUAGGGACGGCAUUGUUAUUGGAAAUAAGAAAUUUGAUUUUCUUGCCUUUUCGUCAAGUCAGUUGCGCGAUAAUUCUGCCUGGAUGUUUGCUUCCAGAAAUGGCCGUACUGCUGCCGACAUAAGAAAUGAUAUGGGCAACUUUCGUCAGAUUAGAAACGUGGCAAAAUAUGCCGCAAGACUUGGUCAAUCAUUCAGUUCCUCCACGGAAACUUUGAGUGUUGCUAGGGAUGAUAUUGAAGUUAUUCCUGAUGUAGAGAUUUUCCAACGUGGAACCAAAUACGUUUUCUCUGACGGAAUCGGGAAAAUGUCUGACGACUUUGCUCGUAGAGUGGCCAAGAAAUGUGGGCUUAAAAGUUCAACUCCGUCUGCCUUCCAAAUCCGAUACGGUGGUUACAAAGGAGUUGUGGCUGUGGAUCCCACAUCAUGGACAAAGAUGUCCUUAAGACCGAGUAUGUGCAAGUACGAAUGCGACAACACGAAAUUGGAUGUUUUGGCCUGGAGCAAAUAUCAGCCUUGUUUCUUGAAUCGCCAAUUGAUCACCCUUUUGUCUACCCUUGGGGUUAAUGAUUUUAUCUUUGAAAAGAAGCAAAGGGAAGCGGUAGAACAACUGGAUACCAUAUUAACGGAUCCUUUAAGGGCUCAGGAUGCAUUGGAAUUGAUGUCUCCUGGAGAGAACACAAACAUUCUUAAGGAAAUGCUUAUGUGUGGCUACAAGCCUGAUGCUGAACCAUUCCUCUCAAUGAUGCUGCAAACCUUUAGGGCAGCAAAGUUGUUCGAAAUACGGACUAAAACAAGGGUAUUUGUUCCAAGAGGAAGGUCAAUGAUGGGAUGUCUCGAUGAAACCAGAACAUUAGAAUAUGGGGAGGUAUUUGUUCAAAUUUCUGAGGCUGGAAAUAGGUCAUUUCAUGAUAACUCCCUUCUCGUGAUUAGUAAAAGCAACUCGGACCAAGGCAAUCGUAUUGUUAAGGGUGAGGUAUUUGUUGCCAAAAACCCAUGCUUGCACCCUGGUGACGUUCGUGUCUUAAAGGCAGUUGAUGUUCCGGCGUUGCACCACAUGGUGGAUUGUGUUGUUUUCCCUCAGAAAGGAAUGAGACCUCAUCCGAAUGAAUGCUCGGGAAGUGAUUUGGAUGGCGACAUAUAUUUUGUUUGUUGGGACCCUGAUCUUGUUCCACCGCAGCAAAUCCCUGCUAUGGAUUAUACCCCUGCACCAACUGUGGAGUUGGAUCAUGAUGUCACAAUUGAGGAAAUCGAGGAGUAUUUCACGAACUAUAUAGUCAAUGACAGUCUGGGCAUUAUAGCCAACGCCCACACUGUUUUCGCAGACGCGGAACCUGAAAAAGCCCUGAGUGCUCCUUGUGUAAGGCUGGCAGAGCUAUUCUCGAUUGCAGUUGACUUCCCUAAGACCGGUGUGCCAGCAGAGAUACCUCGUGAAUUACGCGUCCAAACAUAUCCAGAUUUCAUGGAAAAGCCUGAUAAACCUACUUACAAAUCAGAACGCGUGAUCGGAAAGCUUUUCCGAGCCGUGAAAGACAUCGCGCCAGAAACGAGCUCCACCAAGUCGUUCACGAAGGAAGUGGCGCUGAGGUCAUAUGAUCACGAUUUGAAAGUGGACGGUUUCAGGGAUUAUCUGGAGGACGCUUUUGAUUAUAAAACCGAGUAUGAUUACAAGUUGGGAAACCUAAUGGAUUACUAUGGGAUAAAAACAGAGGCGGAACUACUAAGCGGUAGUAUAAUGAAAAUGUCAAAAUCUUUCGACCGUAGAAAGGACGCGGAAGAAGUUGGAUUGGCCGUGAGGGCGUUGAGGAAGGAAGCGAGGACGUGGUUCAACACGGAUGCGGAAGGUGACGACGUUUAUGCAAAAGCGUCGGCUUGGUACUAUGUUACCUACCAUCAUAGCUAUUGGGGUCGAUACAACAUGGAAAUGAACCGGGAACACUUCAUUAGUUUCCCGUGGUGUGUUUACGAUAAGCUGAUCCACAUCAAGAAGGAUAAAGCCAGCAUUAGAAGGGCUCUCCAUCUGUCAUCGCUUGAACGGCAGUUCAGUUAUGGGUUGAACUUCAGGUAAAAAUUGUGUUUGUGUGUUUUUUUUUUCCCAGUUUGAUUCAUUUCAGUGUGUAUUGUACAGGCGUGUCUAUUGUGAACUUUGCUGCUUAUUUCUGUGUACGUAUAUGCCUGAACUGUUUGAUGUACAUACAGUUUGGUGGUGUGAUUGGAACUUGGUAUUCGAGAAUGCUGGAAUUUACUGAUGAAAUCCUGUAACUAGAAGUAUGUUACUGGAAAGUUAUUUGGCUUCUUGUGUUUUGCUA